UAAUAAUAUAAAAUGUUUCAAAGAAAUUUAAAAAUAUUUCUUCACUUUACUCUUAACUUCAGAAAAAGUUAAGAGGCUAAAAUAAAAUUAAUGCAUAAACUACUUUGUGUUUUAUUUUUUAUAUAAAUAAUCAAUGCUCAAUUAAAUGUUUGAUUAGAGUUCUUAAUCAUUACUAAGUGUUUUAGAAAAGCUUCUGCAGAAAUAAUUCCCAAAGUGCUCGGCUUAACAAAAAUUUUCAAUUCCGAAUUUUACAAAAGUUAUUCGAAAAUGUUCUUUAUAAACUGUUUUAUUUACGUUGUAUUUAAAGCAUUUCAGAAGAUAUCCGUAUCUUUAAGCCGGAAAAAAUGUUGAGCGCAAAAUAAAUCAAGAUUUCAAAAAUUCCCAUUAGUUUUAAGCCAUUGCAGUUUGGAGAGAACCGAAACUCUCCAAAAACUUGCAACUCCACUCCGUAGCGGCCACGAUGACUCUCCCGCUGUCGGCGCCGCAGUCGCCGUCGCUGCCGCUGUCAACGUAGACGGCAGCAGCGAUGCCGACUGCGGGCUGGGCAGUACUGAGACAGAAGAAGAAAAGUCGAGGAGAAAAGUGGAGUCGUGUCGAGAUCGAAGCGCCGAACGGAACGGAACGAACGGAACUGAACGGAAGUGCAGUGCAAAGCGGAAACGGAAGCUGGAGCAGUAUUCCCACUUAGUGCUUGGCACGCACAUACGCACACUCGCACACACUCCCAAGCGAACACGCACGCACACACACACGUGCGUUUGGCGGGGCUCUCCAUUUUAAUAUUGUUUGUGUUGCACCUUCUUCUUAAUUUUUUUGGAAUUAACAAAACGCGUGCAAGCGUGCUAUUUUUUUUGCAAAUUUUUUUAACGUGCUCUCUUUCUAUAUACAACAAAUACAAAAAAAAAAAAAUAAACAAAAUAUAUGAAACACAUAAUAUGUAUAAACAACAACCCAAAACAGCAGCGAGAACAACAACGUGCGGUGUUGUGAGCUUGCCGCAAAUAAUAAAUGAAAGUCCAACCGCAAAGCAAAGCGAAUAGCAAGUCUACUUAAGUGGCAAUAUGCAGUGCGUGUGCAUAGAAAAACCAGAUAUACAGCGGUCACAGGGUAAAGUACUUUGGACAAGUGUAAAAUCCCUCGAACACCAGUGAAAAUCGAAGGAAAAAUCAACACAGCAUACGCAGAGAAAAUCGCUGGAAAACCGGACAAAAUGUUUGGCAGCCAAAGUGGCUGCCUUUGAGGCUGAGUGAGUGGCUCAAGCACGAAGACCUUUUUUAAGACAAAAGCCUAGAGAAACUAAAAAAAAACUUUCGAAUUAUUACGAAACUCUUCUAUAUUUGAAAUAUUUUCAAAUUCAAAUUUAAAUAACUUUAUUCUUAAUAAACUAAUUGAUAAUUAAAUACAUAAUAGUAAACAAAGCUCAAAUAGACUGAAAUAGAGUCCAAAUAUAUUACGAAAGUAAAAUGCAAUUAAUUCAACAUAUCAUAUAAAUUAAUUAGAACAAAUUGCAUUUAAGUUAUUAACAAAGCAAAACAAAACAAGCGUUUAAUAAUUACACAAAAACAAAGGCCAGUUAAAGUAAUGAACAAAAGUAACAAAUAAACACGGAAAAAAGCAAGAAUUAAGUGAACAAAAAAGAUCAAAGUGCAAAUAGUGUGUGGUGGCUCCAUCGCGCAGAACCAAUAACCCAUAAUACUGAAUAAUUAAAUUCGUUUUCAAAUUCGCCGUUUAGUUCGCGUUUCAAUAAAAUAAUUUAAUAUAUUAUAAUGUUCAACCCGACAGCCAAAAGACCAACGACAUAAAUGGAUCAUCAAUCGUAGAGGCAGCCGAAAAGAAAUCAAGAUCGUCGAGUGUCUAUGAGGACAGCUGAAAGUAUUUUGUUUUUUUUUUUUGGGGCGUGGCUCCAACUGCCCCACGCCUACGCCCACUCACGCCCACAGGAGCAAGUGAGACGGCAGACGGUGCGACAGAGAGGGCGAGACAGAUGUGCGAGCGGCGGUGAGCGGUGAGGGGGAGAAGGAGAAAGAGAAGGAGAAGAGGAGAAGUGGGAGAAGUAGGCGCAGAAGGACGCUGGACGAAGACCAUGGAUUGGACCCGGUGGCAAAUGGCCAGAGAAAGAGCUGGCAACCCUGGACAAGUCAGGAACAACCCUGGGCACAAGGAUUGCGAUCGUGAGACCCGAUUGGAGUGGUUGCCCAUUUGAUUUGUUGCGGCUUCACACGUAGGUUCUAUCAGUCAGUCAGUCAGUCAAUCAAUCAGCCAGUCAGUCAGUCGAUCAGUCAGUCACCCACUCAAUAAAUCAAUUGUGCCGCAGUGCUCGAUUGUCGUUGUACCCCCACAUCAUCAGUUAAAAACCAAAAUACAAUAGCAAGCGAUCAAGACAUGCACAUUACUGUAAAUACUCAAAUCAAAACUCAAAACUAGUUUCAUAAACGUAAAAGCCAAAACAAGAAAACCAACAAAAAAAACAAAUUCCAAAAAACCACAAAAAAAUAAAAGUGCAGUGUAUAGUGUUCCACGACAGAGGAAAAACAGACGGCAAAGGAAAAUCGAGUGGGGAAAACUCCAAAAGUGAGAGGGCGGCCAAGGGCUGCCCCGCAACAACUAAAAACACCAAAAAAAAAAAACAAAAUAAAAUAAACCCCUCAAGAUCAACAACCGAAAUCAACAAGAAAAUCCACAACAACAACAGCAUAACGCCCCCAACACUGCCAAUGCCAUUGCCAUUAUCAAGAACAACGUUCGUUCAUCAUCGUUCGUUUAGAUUUGACACAAGGUUCUAUCACGCAAACUAAAGCCACAUCUUGUUGCGGACACCGUUAAGCAGUAUAUAAGUCGGGCCCAACGCACAACCAAAAAGGGUUCUCAAGAGCAGCAAAAUAUGGAGUUUUUACGCGGCGUCUAUGCGUUUAUGCAAGUGAGUAGAUCAUCGGUGUCUCAUGUCAAAAUCGAUUCACCUGUUUUUCGCCUGCACACCAACGCAACGGUUAUAUUACUGAUCACAUUCUCGAUUGCUGUGACGACGCGGCAGUACGUAGGAAAUCCCAUAGACUGUGUACAUACAAGAGACAUUCCCGAAGAUGUUCUCAACACAUAUUGUUGGAUACACUCAACGUAUACAGUGGUCGAUGCGUUUAUGAAGAAGCAAGGUUCCGAGGUGCCUUUUCCCGGAGUUCAUAAUUCACAGGGCCGCGGGCCUCUAACAAUAAAGCACACAAAAUAUUAUCAAUGGGUAGCGUUUACACUAUUUUUUCAGGCAAUCUUAUUUUAUACACCAAGAUGGCUGUGGAAAUCUUGGGAGGGUGGCAAGAUUCAUGCGCUCAUCAUGGACUUAGACAUAGGCAUUUGUUCCGAAGCCGAGAAAAAACAAAAAAAGAAAUUACUUUUAGAUUAUUUGUGGGAAAAUUUAAGAUAUCACAAUUGGUGGGCGUACAGAUAUUACGUGUGUGAGCUGCUCGCCCUUAUAAAUGUGAUAGGUCAAAUGUUUCUUAUGAAUCGAUUUUUCGAUGGCGAAUUUAUGACAUUUGGCCUGGAAGUGAUAGAUUAUAUGGAGACCGAUCAGGAAGAUCGCAUGGAUCCGAUGAUUUACAUAUUUCCCAGAAUGACCAAAUGUACAUUUUUUAAAUAUGGUUCAAGUGGGGAGGUGGAGAAACACGACGCCAUUUGCAUUUUACCAUUAAACGUUGUUAAUGAGAAGAUUUACAUUUUCCUUUGGUUUUGGUUUAUAUUAUUAACGUUUCUCACAUUAUUAACGCUAAUAUACAGGGUGGUUAUUAUAUUCUCUCCUCGAAUGAGGGUCUACUUAUUUCGUAUGCGAUUUAGGUUAGUGCGUCGUGACGCUAUUGAAAUAAUCGUUCGUCGUUCGAAGAUGGGCGAUUGGUUUUUGUUGUAUUUACUAGGUGAAAACAUAGAUACCGUUAUAUUUCGUGAUGUUGUACAGGACUUAGCGAAUCGUUUAGGACAUAACCAACACCACAGGGUGCCUGGCUUAAAAGGUGAAAUACAGGAUGCAUGAUAUUGGGAGUAUUAGAAACAAUACAAAAUGCAAUUUGUCGUCUCCAUUUGAAAACCAUCGAAAUCAACAAAUCAAAUGUCAACAACAAAAACAAGACUAAGUAAAUGCAAAAAAGAUACUACAACCACAAAGGAAUCUAGAGAUCUUCGCAGCAGCCGCUUCAUUAACAAACUCAACACACACCGCUAAAAAAUCUUUAAAAAAACGUAUCUCAAAAAUACAACCAAAAAAACUAUCGUCAGCGCAGUCAGUCAUAAAUCAGCAUUUUCAACCAUGGAGACCAUGAUCGAUAGCCGGCUAAGUCUAUCGAUAGUCGAAACAGAACAACACACAUCCAAGCACAGGGCAUACAAAAAAAAUGGAAGCGGAAGGAAGCAGGGAGACAUAUGGACAAAAUAGGAAAACAUCUAAACAACCACGCAACGAAAGGAAUAUUAAAAAUCUCAGUGUCAAUCAAUUAACGUAACGACAAAAUGGACAAUGGAUAUAUAUAGAGCGAAAGAUAGAAAUGAAGGAAGUCUUGGGACUUCCGGACAGGACUCCCAAGUCGGUGGCAAGUAGCGCCUGCCGCUGGCCAGGGGUCACAAGGUCACAUGUCACAAGGGAUCGCUUGGGAAAUCAGCGAUCAGCGACCCAUAGAAUAGUUGCCCCCAAGGACAAGGUCAAAGUGUGAGAAGAACAGGAAAACAACAGCAUCCAAAUGGACAGCACCGGAAACGGAAACAGACAUCCACACACAUUACGCACACACACACCCACACAGAUGACGCCAAACACACACACUCAAACACGCUUACAGCGACAUCACUCAUUCGCCCCGUAGAACAAACACACACACACACACACACACACAUCGCACUUUGCUUGUCAUGCAGCGUUAACUAAACCAAACAUCAACAAAGUCGAGACGACGCCCGCGGAAAAUUGCAUUUCUGUAUUAACCCCAAAAAAAUGAGAAGAGAAGAAGGAAGAAAAUCCGAGAGGAUCAGCAUCACUUUCACCGAGGAAAAGCAGGAGUUCACCAUACCAAAACGAUUCAAGCAACAACAACAGUAGCAGCAACAGCAGCAACAACAACAACAUAACGGGCUGGGAAAAAACCAUUUCCGCCUGAAAAACGAAAAAAUAAAAAAAAAGGAAAUGCAGCAAAAGAAAGUCAAGAAAAACGCAUGUGGAAAUCGCAGAGAAGAUUAACAGUUUAAUUAAAUUAAAUUCAAUUCAAUUAAAUUACUUAUUACAAUGAUAUCUUGAAGUGUUCAUGUAUUCGAAUGUAGGUUAACUAAGUCAAGCAUACAAAUAAUUCUACAUAUAUAAUAUAUAUAUUAUAUAUAUAUAUAUAUAAACAAUUUUUUUUUCUAACUCUAAGCAUUUGUAUUACCCGCUAAACAAAUGAACAACAAAACAAAACAAAAAAGAAAUGAACAAAAAAAAAAAAAAGAAAGAAAGAAAAAACAACCAAAAAAAAGCAAACUGAAAACAGAAUUUUUUGUAUACAGAAAACGAAAGAAAAUUAAAAAUCUAAAUGAGCAGAUAGAGAAAUAAUGAUAAAGAAAAAAAAGAAAAAACCGAGACGAAACGAACAGAAAAUAUCAGUAAAUAUCAAAGAAAGUUCAGAAAAUACCAUACCGAAUACCGAAAACCGAAACAAAAGAUACAUUUACAUAGUUUAAUUAGAAGAAACUAUAGCGCGCAUCAUUAUAUAACCGAAAAAAAACCGAAAACCGAAAACCGACCGAACAGAACGCAACUCCCACAACAAAGACAGACAGACGGAAACGGAAAUGUUUUAAGCUCACACACACUCCCCACACACAACACACACACAAACACAGACACACGCGAAUAUAGCAUGUAAAGCAUAUAAAUAUAUAUAAUUAUCGAUCGAUCAUUCAGCAAAAGAGAGCAGCCAACAUUCGCAGCAUAAAUCAAUUAACUCCACUAAUAAUAGAGCAUACUCAAAUCUCUCUCUACGAUAAUACGCCUAGUACUCAAGCGGAAAAUGCGAAAAUUCCCCAGGAAAAUCGGGCGGAGAACGCACGCUUUGCCACAUGAAUCAAGUGUAAACAUAACGAUAAUAAUAUAAUACCGCUAGCGAAUAAAGUCCCAAGCAUGAGGGUUCAGUUUGGAGUUCGACAAUUUGUCAAUUUGACAAUUUGACAAUUCGACAAUUCGACAAUUCCCAUCCCUCCAUCCGGGUCAAUAGGCAUUGCAGAUGGGCCUACGGUAGAGCCUUCCUAUGACAGCCCCUUCCGACAGUUACCAGUCAUCCACCCAUCCACGACUCCAUCAUGUGCUACAAAUCGUAAUAUCCGUCCAGAAAACCUUUUGAAGCGCACUCUCUCCGUUGAGAGAUCCCGAUCUCUCACCCUCUUUUUUUGGAUACAGAUCUUUGAUCUGGGAUCCAUCCGACUUCCGUGUGCUCCCAAGAAGAAAUGGACCAAAGAACCAGUCGCACAGAUGACUCAGAAAGCUAUCACCCCCCUGCCCCCUUCCACGUUUUUCCCCCCCCCAUCUCUCAAAGGACGACCAAAUCAUAGCCAGAAAAAGCCAAGCCAGAGAUGCAAAUCUAACAACAAAAUCACUGCCAACAAAACCACUUAAAGUAAAAUCAAGUUAAAAUAGUUAAAUGGUGGAGGGUCUUUCACAAAAAGAAGUAAGGAAAAAAAGGAAGGUAUUACCAAAGGCUCAACUGCAGUGCCGCAAGUAGUAAAGAAAAGCAAAAGGAAUUAAGAUUGUUCCUUGUCUCAGAAUCAGGAAUUGCCGAUAUGGACCUGCUCAAACCUCAAUCCUUUCGGGAAUUACUUUGGAUUCAAAUCAUCUAGUUUGAGUGCUUGUUUCCGUCUACUCACACUACUCAGCAUACUCAAAGACGCAUUACAAUUUAGAGGGAGAAGAAGUGGGGUUGAAGGUUGAAGCGAAAAAACAAUAAGUGUAACAAUAAAUGGUAAUAAGUAAUUUUAGCGUAUUUUUUUUUUAAACAGCUUAUAGCCAACUAAGUGAAAGUAAUUGUAAUUCUAGUUCAAACUGAAACAUUUUUGUCUGCGUAUUUUUUUUGUCGUGGGUUCGUAGGUUAAGUCACACACACACACACAUACAGCCACAAACAUAAACAACACCAACACACACACAGACACAGACACGCAAUAAGUGAAACGGUAAACGAAAAGCAAAUGUAUAAAUAUCGAGGAUACUUACACUGUAAUUAUAGGGGGCGAAUAAGAAAGGAAUACCAUACCAAAACGUAAGCAUAUUACAAGGAAAUUGCCAUUAGUCGAUAGUGUUAAAGCGAUACGUAUAUGAUCUACAUGCUAGGCUAACGAAAAAGAAAACCAAACAUAUAAAUGAAACCCAAGAAUACUUAGUGUAGCUCAAGAUGGAAUCUCUCGUAUCUCGUAAAUCGUAACUCGUAACUCGUAAAUCCAACUAAAAGCAAUUGUAAAAUAUCGUAACAGGUCCUGGGGGCGAUCGAACAAGCAAACAAAAGUAAAAGCAAAUGCUAACGAACAAAACGCAAGACUUUAUUUUUCAAAGUGUUUGCCGCAAUAUAUUAACUCGAUGAAUUCGAAUUGUACUAGCUGAAUCUAGUGGUUAAGAAGGACAUUUCAUAAACGCAAUCCUAGAAGCAAUAAGCACAGGCGAAAACGGAAACGGAAACAGAAACAGAAACAGAAACAAAAACGGUAACGGAAGCAGACAGAGCUAACGGUAACAUCGAUGACUUUUCACCACGUUUCACCACCUCCAGUACAGUUCUGUCCACUUCUCACCACACAGCACGGCACUUCUCUCUCUUUCUCUCACUCACUCACUCUUUUAUCCCGUCUCUUUCCCACUAAAAAAUGUUAAAUCAGAGUUAAUAGAUUGUUUCCACCAAAACAAAAUCUUAAAAGACUAUGUUUUAUGUAAAUGCCGAUAUGUCAGUACGAACAAUGCUUUUUACUGACACUCGGUGUGAACAGGCCAUAGAAAUCCCAUUGCGACAUUGAGACUAUAAAUCAUAUAAAUCCGACUUAAAAGUUAAUGAAUCUGUAAAAAUAAUCGAAAAUUCUGUUUAAAAUAUUGUGUAUUUGCUUUUCAGUGCCCCAUAAUCUCAAUUAAUGUUUGUGUUUGUUUGUUCAUUUGUUCAUUUGUUUGUUUGUUUGUUCACGGUCUGGAUUUGGUUUCUGCCAUAUUGUUUGUGUAUAAUUAUUAUGUAUUCUUUGGUGGCUAAGUUAAGGUUUUAGUUCUGUAACUUCUACCGUACUUUCUCACUCAUUUGUUCUUUCGUGCAAUAAAAACGAGACUUGUAUACAUAUCA